GGCUGACUGGCGAGGACAUACUACUAGUAGUACUCUAGCUGAACAGGCUGAACAGGCUGAAAAGAAAGAAAAUGCAACACAAUGUUGUAGAGCUGUUCACCAGGACUUGAGAAUUGGAAUCCUCGGAACCCCGUGCCAGAGCCUGCAGCAUGAUUGGAUUUCCCGGCUUACUCUCACUGCUGCGGUGGGACAGUGCCUGGGUAUAGAACGCUACCUAUACGCUUCGAUCGGUACAACCAACCAACCCCAAGAACCCUGCGGCGUGGCACGAUGCCGCAGUCGGACAACAGCGACGACUUACCUAUGUAGGUGCUUACAAGUUGUCUAGUCCGACUGCAUUGGACUUUUUCUUGCAAUGGCCUUUUGUAUAGGCCUAAUAUGAUGCUUUCUACUCAGACAAGCCAGUCAAGCUAAUUACUGAUCUGAUGGAGACAAACGACCGGCAGCUCAGCUCCAAAAUAGCAGUGCAGUACCGGGCAAAAGGUGGCCGUAGCUCACCAUGAGCCCGUCCGAAUCUCAUGCGAAGCCGUCCAGCUCGAGGACGCCGGCACCUCGUGCAGCGGACCUGAACAGCGACGGCCUCGUCGUGGUCAAGACGAGACAUUCCCACUCCCGCGAUGCGGACGAAGACGCGGUCGAGUUGCGUAGAUUGCACCAUCACCAUCAUCAUCACCAUCACAAGCAGCACGGCCGGCGAGGCGAUAAUGAGGCCGACACCGCCGAAGAUGCAGAAUGCGACCUGGCCACGACAAGCGACGACAGCGAGGUUGAGAACGGGAGCAAGACAGAUGAAGAACACGGAAUCGCAUUCAAGCCGAUGCGGCGCAUUGGGACAGAGUCGAAAGAAUACACAUCGGAAGAAGAAGAGGCGGUUGUGCACAAGCUGGAUCGCAAACUGGUACUCUUCCUGGGAUUUCUAUACAUGCUCUCAUUCCUGGACCGGUCCAACAUCGGCAACGCGCGCAUCGCAGGGCUGGAGCAGGACCUGUCUCUGACAUCGUCGCAGUACGACUGGCUACUGACGGCCUUUUACAUGACCUACAUCGCGUUCGAGUGGAUGAUCCUACUGUACCGACUCGUGCCUCCACACGUCUACAUAUCCAUGUGCGUGCUGUCAUGGGGUCUGGUCGCAAGCAUGCAGAGUCUGACGACGUCGUUCCGGGAACUGCUUGCCCUCCGAGCGAUUUUGGGCGUCACCGAAGCAGCAUUUGGUCCCGGCGUGCCCUUUUACAUGACGUUUUUCUACAAGCGGUCCGAGCUGGCAUACCGAGUCGGGCUACAGAUUGCCGCGGCGCCGCUGGCCACCAGCUUCGCCAGUUCGCUGGCCUGGGUCAUUGUGAAAUUAAGUCAGAAUGGACCCAUUGCGCCCUGGCGCACCUUGUUCUUGGUCGAAGGGUUUCCGUCGGUCCUUGCGGCCGUCGCAGCAUGGUAUUAUAUCCCAGAUUCGCCGGCCAAGGCUCGCUACUUGACACCGCGCGAGCGCAAGGUUGCUGUCUUGAGGCUUCGAGAAGAGCAGCCGAGCUCGAGUCGGUCCGACGGCCCUUCAAACCAGCCAAAUCGAGUCAACUUUCAUCAAGUCCUCGACACAAUCCGCGAUCCCAAAUCUUACCUGACCGCCCUCAUGUUCCUCAGCGUCAAUGUCUCCUUCAGCUCUCUGCCUGUCUUCUUGCCCACCAUCAUCAACAGCAUGUCCUUCUCGCCCCUGGCUUCUCAAGCCCUCGCCGCCCCUCCCUACCUACUCGCCUUUUUGUUCGUGCUGCUCAUCGGCCGCUACAGCGACAAGAUUCCCGAUUCACGCUCCUUGUUUUUGAUGGGCGUGGCCUUGCUCAGCGCUUUCUCGUACGCCGGAAUCGCUCUUGCCGGUUACCUGCACGAGUCGCUCGGGGAGUCCGGCAGCAUCACAAUCCGUUAUGUCGCUGUCUUUGGUGCCGCCAUCGGUUUGUUUGCCUCCGUCACCUUGAUCAUCACUUGGACUUUGAACAAUCAGGCCACCGCUACCGGAAAGGGCACCGGCCUCACCAUCCUAAACAUUGUCGGCCAGUGCGGUCCACUUAUCGGCGUCCAUGUCUUUCCCAAGAGUCAGGGUCCCUUUUACAUUCAGGGAAUGACAAUCUGUGCCGCCUUCAUGGCUCUGGGUGUUGCUGGGUUGGCGGGCAUUUUGAGGCUCGUGCUUCAACGCGAGAACCGCAAAAAUGGAUUUUCUGCAUCACCACGCGGCGGCGAGUAUGAAUUAGUGACCUCGGUCGGCACAGGAAGAAAGUCGGAAGAACAGGAUACCCCUGACAUAGGGGAUCUGCGGGAGACGCUGAUGGGCGGAGCCAAAAAGGCAGGCUGGGAAAGUGGUGGAUUCCGCUACAUGCUGUGACAUCGGCUAUUUUCAUGCCACAUACAAUGAUGACGAACCAAAACAUAUAAUUUGAUCAAAGUGACAGAUAUGAGAGAUCAUGCAAUGCAUACAACGGCAGUGAACAUUAUGGGUUUGUUCGAGAAUUCUUAAUCCGUCCAAACCCAUGGGUGUUUUGAAGUAGGCGUUUCAAGCUCUGGACUUUGAUAUGUACACCUGUGAGAUCCUAACAAGCGCAGGGUCCCUGCUGGGGGACGUGCUCGCCCAUGAUCCAACUUCAGUCACGACGUAGGAGGCCCCCCGAUUGUUUCGAAUGGUAACGGUUCGCCGAAAUUCA